CAGCCGCCCCUGCCUGCGCCAGACCGGGAGAGCGGCUCGUGCGCCCGGACGUGCCUCGCGGCUGCAGAUUUCAGAUUUCGCCUCCACAGACGCCUGUGUGCCAGAUCCCCCCCAGAAGAUGCUGAGACCAACCAUCAGCCUGGCUCUUCUCUUGGCAGUGCUCCAAGUCAGCCACGGUCAACGAAUCAAAAGACUGACCGCUUGCUUGACCGAUCAAGCCCUGCGGAUAGACUGUGCCUACGAACGGAAAACCUCUAACCCCUUGACAUAUGAGUUCCGCCUGUCCAAGGACACCGGAGAAGGAACGGUCAUCGCCGGCAACUUCAAAGUGCCCAGCACUGCCUAUAAGCCACGCACCAAUGUCAUCACCACUGACGGCCUCGUGUGCCUGUAUCUCAACGGCUUCACCACCAGCGAUGAGGGCGUCUACACCUGCAAGCUGAAAAUCACCAACGAUUACGAAGACAUGCAGACCAGAAACAUCUCCGUGGUCAAAGCCCACUUGGUGAAAUGCGCUGGCAUCAGCCUCUUCGUGCAGAACACCUCCUGGCUGCUGCUGCUGCUGCUCUCGCUGCCCCUGCUUCAAGCGGUGGAUUUUGUUUCGCUGUGAAGGAGGAAGAAGACCA